CGGCGGCAGAAGCAGCUGGAGGAAGGAGCGCGAGCGAGCGCACCUGAGGGGAGGGGGCUGGCCACACUUGUCUAAUCUCACCGGGACGCCGAGCCACGCCAGGAAGAUCUCCUUGGAACGGACAAAGGCAGGUCUCUGUGCUGCGUUGAGCAACGAAGGAGGUCUGGUUCUUUUCCUGGGCAGCCCCUGAGCCUGGUAUGGGGAAUGGUCGAGCAGCGGGAGGCCAAGUGGGUUUCAAGCAGAAAGAUGUAGAGCCUCAAAUCCACGUGCCGAUUUUGCCAGAGGCUGCCCAGGAGAGAAGGAGCGUCCUCAACUCCCUGAUAUCCGGGGCGUUUGCCGGCGCUGGUGCCAAGACUGCGGUGGCGCCUCUGGACAGGACGAAAAUCAUAUUCCAAGUAUCAUCAAAUCGGUUUUCUGCCAAGGAGGCUUACCGCCUGAUCUACCGCACCUACCUCCACGAGGGCUUUCUUGGCCUCUGGCGGGGGAACUCUGCCAUGGUCCGCGUGAUCCCGUAUGCCGCCAUCCAGUUCUGCGCCCACGAGGAGUACAAGCAGAUCCUGGGCAGUUACUACGGCUUCCAGGGGAAGGCACUUACCCCAUUGCCCAGGUUCAUAGCUGGCUCGCUCGCAGGCACGACGGCCGCCAUGUUGACGUACCCCCUGGACCUGGUCCGCGCCCGGAUGGCCGUCCAGCCAAGGAAAUGUGAGUACAGCAACAUUGUCCAUGUCUUCAUUCGGAUAUCCCGGGAGGAAGGGAUGAAGACCCUCUACCGGGGCUUUGCCCCCACCAUCCUGGGGGUGAUUCCAUAUGCUGGGCUGAGCUUCUUCACCUACGAGACCCUGAAGAAGUUUCACGCAGAGCACAGCGGCAGGACACAGCCCUACCCCACGGAACGGCUCGUCUUUGGGGCCUGCGCCGGCCUGAUCGGGCAGUCUGCCUCCUACCCGCUGGACGUUGUGCGGAGGCGGAUGCAGACGGCCGGGGUGAUGGGCCACACCUACGGCUCCAUCCUGCGCACUAUGCGGGACAUCAUCCGGGAGGAAGGACUCGUCCGCGGCCUCUACAAGGGACUCAGCAUGAACUGGGUCAAGGGCCCCAUCGCCGUGGGGAUCAGCUUCACGACCUUCGACCUCACGCAGAUCGUCCUCCGGAAGUGGGAGCAAGGGGUGGACGUGGAGAGGUAGUGGCCGGCCGGCAGCCGGCGGUUGGUGCAAGUGUUGGUGGAAAGGUGGGCAGGUGGGCAGGCAUCCUCUUCCUCCCUCCCUCCCUGAGCCAGAGGGUUCUCGCGGCAGAGCUGAGUGACCCAGGGCAAUCUCUGUUAGGUCCCUGCGACCGCAGCAUCCUGCCCCCUGCUUCCCUGAGCUUGCGUUUGCGAAAGAGAAGCCACCAGUGUUGUUUUCUUGCUUUCCCUCUCCCUGUCCCACCGAAGUGGUUGAAAUUCCUCUGAAUUCUGCUUGGAUUUGUGGGGAACGGGCAAGGGAUCCUGCAGCUGUGCUAUUUACUUGAUUUUGCCUCGUCGUUCUAAACCGUGGCGACACAGUCCCGUUAACAUCUCUUGCCUCUAUCUCUCCUGCACCCUUUAUUUUGUAGGAAGCCGAACUUACCUGUAUGUUCGAAGCGUGGGGUGUGUCUGUCUUGUGGUUUCCGCCCCCUGCGGUCUUCCCCGCCCCCCCCCUCCUUCCAGCAAAUGGUUUGUUUUCCAAGACCUGGAAAAUGGGGCCCCUUCAUCUCCCCCCUCUCCCUACUUCAAAUGCUUUUAGAAUUCUGCCCCAAAACCUCCUGGAAGAUGGCCAGCCGGUCCCAGGGGAGAAAAAACCAAAGACUGGAUUCUUUCCUUUCCUCGGGGUUUGUCCAAGGCAGAGAGGGCACAGUGCAAUCUUGAAUUCUCUUGCCGCCGCAAUCCGGGCAGCUCCUGGUUCUGAGAUGGGAUCAUAGGUUCGGGAUGUUGGAGCCUUCUUUCCUUGCAUUUUAGAGACUAUUUUAAUGAUUAUAUUUAGAUAUGCGCACAUAUUUCAGAGUUCAAGCUUCGGAAGAUGGCAUGUGGUCGAGUUAACCUUUGAUCCUCCAAAUUGUCUCUGCUUUUUAGCAGGGCUCCCCCCUCCAGUAUUAAGUGUCAGUGGCUGCAGGGGGAGGGACACCUGGGUCCCUCCCUGGUCCCACGGGGAGAUCCAGCAGCUUCUUCAGGGCCCCACAGGUGUUCCCCACCUGUGCUCUGAGAAGCAGGAUUCCCCACUGCAAGCAAAAGAUGGAAGGAAUCAGGACUCUCUAGAAGAGGAAUUCCUAGCCCAGAGCAGACCAUAGAAUCAUAGAUGCCUCAUCUCAGAUUGGAGAUGGGGAAAACCUUUAUCCUGACGGUCAGGGAUGACAACGAAAAAUGCACUUUGAUAUGUUGCUGAACUUCCAGCAGCCAGGGAUGGUGAGGAUGAAAAGCCAGGUGCCUCGAACAUCUGGAGAGGAAUCGGAUUGGAGAAGGCAUUUUGCAGGUCUCCUCCUGGGAAGAGGAGUGGGUGUUUUGCCAGGCAGUCCUGGGUCUCUCGCCGUGUACAUGCUCAGGCACUCCCCACCUUCGAAAAUCUCCUAGAGCAGGGCAACAAUCCUGUGUCCCUCCAGAUGUUGACUGACUCCCACCAGCCCUUUCCUGGAAAUCAUGCUUAAAUUAACCCCCGCUAAUCUCUCUCUCUCUCUCUCAUCUGCCCUCCACUUCACUGUACUGCUUCCUAACACUUAGCAAGCACAAUGCCUGCCUUCGACAAAACCGCACCUUGGAUUCACCCACCACCCCCAGAUGCAAAGCUCAAGAGCUUUUACCUCCCCGGUAUGAAAAUAGAUUGAACGGGGUGAUGCAUGUCCUAAACAGGAAGCCCACUUCAUGUAGACCCCCCCCC